UUCACCCUCCGAGAUACGGUACGAAGGGAUAGUGAACUAUGCCGUCCAUACAGGUAAUUUCAGCACAAAAAGUGUAACAGUUACAGAGAAAGUGCAGUGGGAUGGGAGUUUCCGUGUGACUGGUGAGAUCAUGGAGCCCGCAAAGAGGAACACAUCAAGAAGGCGACGGAUCGCUUCGGCUAUUUCUCGUUUCUUUAUCGCUACGUUCCGAAUUCUGUGUCAAUGUGAAUGUUUGUCGGGUUCCCAGUCCUGCUGCAAAUGUGUCAACCGCGUAGUUCCGCUAAACGAGCAGCAGGAAAAGGAAUUUUCUGCAGCGGGAAGCCAGGGAAAUCACUCUUGUCCGCCGGACGACAACAUUCUGCAAGCGAGCAGGGAAAAUUGGCAAAAUCCACGUGCGCCUGGAAUUUCAGGCACAGGAUAUGACCCAGCAGCUACUCCCAUCCCUCGUCCAUUCCCGGCAUGGGAUCCAGCUCCCAUGGAUCCCUCGAGGUCUGGGACAGCGAUCCCCGUUGGCGCCUUCCCUUCGGCAGAGGGUCCAGGAUGUCCCGAGUGCAAUAGGGACGUUGGAAGCUCGGGGCUGGAGGAGCAGCAGCCCCAAGAUGGCCUCGACGAAAGCGUUCCAUCUCCCGCUGAGUCGCCGUCCCCGGGGACGGUCCCCUCCUCUUCUACGGGACAGGAGGAGGGGGAGGAUGUGGAGAAGAUGGAAGAGGAGGAGGUGGGGAAGCCGGGGACGUCCCAGGAGCAAGGUGGACAGGAGCAGAGCGUGGAUUUCAGUUUCUACUCGAUGUGGGAAAAGUUGUGGGACCCCCUUUGGUCCAGUCCCCACUCGCCGGACGUUUUAAGGUAUGGGUUGGAAAACAAUCACCCAAGAUCUGAACACCAUGUGCAGGCUCCGUACCCGUCUGAGGAGGCCGCGCCUGCGUCCUCCAUCCCGGACUCUGAGCUGCUCAGGGUGCCCCACACAGAUUAUGAAUUCUGGGCCAUCUUCAACUUCGCUGGAACAGAGGCGGCGAGGAUGCUGCUGAUGGAGCGCCGGGAGAAGGCUGCAGCUCAGAAGACCUCGAUAUCCUGAGGGACCCCGUGGUUUCAGACGGGACAGGGUGGCUCCGAGACGGCACGACAGGGUCGGUUAGGCCACGUUUGGAACGGGGGAGUGAGGGAUUAAUUUUGGGCCCAGGGUGAGACUGGAGUCAGACUGAGUCCAGGGGGCACAGCCAGUUGACUUCAGCUUUAUUGUCAUUCAGUCCGACAGCAGUAUACCCGCAAGGGUUACAAGAUUCGUACAAAACAAUGUCCACAACACAGUACAUAUAACUCAUACAUAUAACACAUAAAGUUAAGUAAUAUAUUACCACGAGUUAUCUAUCAGUUUUUAAAUAUUUAUUUAUUUAUGGAGCAUUUACGAUGCAAUUAAAAAGGAAACAGUGUUACCCAAUGUGUGAUGUGCCUUGAUCGUGACAUGGAGUUCAGCAGACUUACAGCCUGGGGGGAAGAAGCUGUUUCACAUCUUAACCUUCUGGUGGAGAGUUGGGAGAUGUGGGCCACGCAGAAGGCC